UUUUACCUCAACUUGGGCAUGCCAACCCGUUCGUCGAAAGUCGUCCGCGUGAUCUCGACGGGAUGGACGACGCUUGAGAAGACGGUCAAGUCGCCCGUUGAACUCAUGGAAGAAGCGCUCUUGUCCGCUACAUCUGCCAUUGGUGUCCAACUCAAAGAUAUCGGCGGCCUCAUCGCUGUCCCGUCGCUCGCCGACCCCCAUUUCAUGGAAGCGCAUUACGUGGCAUCGCACAUCGGCAUGCUUCCUGCCAAGAACGUUGUCGUGCGAACUGUAGACACAGGAGGCGCUGGUCCCAUUACUGCCCUCCUCGCUGCCAAGCGUAUGGUGGAACUGGAAGGAGUAGAUUGUGUGGCUGUGGUGGCCGGGGACGCCGUCCGCCAGCUCUCGGGCGAAGAAUUCCUUCGCCGUGCCGAUCAAACUUGCUGGCAUCCCAACUCGGGCCUCUCCUCUCCAGUCAUUCCAUCAGGCUACGAUCGCGUGGCCAACUAUCAAAUGAAAAAAUACGGCGUCACACGCGAAGAACUGGCGGCGUGCUCGGCUGUCAUGUCGAUCAUGGCGGCGCAGCAUCCCUUGGCUUUGACCAAAGCUCCUCGAACUAUUGAAGAGGUGCUGGACUCGCCUCCCGUGGCUUCGGUGACCAACUUGCUUGAGUGUGCUCGGCGCGCCGACGGCGGGGCCGCGCUUCUCGUGGCGUCGACUCGUUUCAUGGAGCGGAAGGGGAUCGCGGCCGGAACCGGCGCCGUCAUCAUCGGUGGCGGCGAAGCGUCCGGCCCGCUGUAUCCGCCUGCAUUGGACGACAUUGACGAAAACAUGUUUUCAUGCGAACAAGCGACCCUACAAGCGUACGAAGAGGCCAAUAUCUCGGUGCGCGACAUCGACUUCUUCGGCCUCUACGACUGCUACCCCGUCUGCUUGAUCCGCGCCGUCGAAGCGGUGGGCCUCGCGCCGCAAGGACUCGGUGGCCGGUACAUGCUCGAAAAGUAUUUUGAGCUCAAGCAGCGGAAACACAAGCGCGUGCAGGAUAUCCUCCCGAUCAACACGCACGGUGGACUCUUGGCAUUUGGCGCGCCGUGGGAGGUGCCGGCUAUGUACAACGUCAUCGAAGCCUUCCACCAAAUCACAAACACGGCCGGAUCGCGCCAAAUCUCGAACGUCCGACGCGCACUCGUGUACGGCAACGGCGGCAUCUUUUCCCACAGCGCGGUCGCCAUUCUCGGCAACGGAGUGUAUUAAUGCACGCAGGAAACGAUUCGUCCAGUGUUACGGUAGCUCGU